AUGAAGCACAAGUCAGAUCCUGAGACUCUUAAUUCAUCUAAUUCCAUUCCUCUCCCUGUUUCGCGCCUUAUAUUCUUCUCUCUUCACACUGAGAAAAAAAUACAAAAUUUGCUGACUUGGUCUCCGUCUUCUGUGGAAGGAAAUGAUGAAGUUGUCCUAUCAUGGAGUUUCUUUGGUCUUGCCAAUAACAAGGUUCUCUUAAAUGUCAGGAAGCAAGUGUUGCUAACGUAUAAGCGAAAGCGGCAAUCAAGAACAGAUCCUGUACAUGAGUGCCGUAAUUCACUUUUUGUUGCCCCCGAUGAUACUUCUUUACGCAAACCACCAGACUUGCAAGUUCAUUUGAUUGAUAAGCGUUCAUCAGAAAAUUACAACAGAAAUUCUGCGGUAUGCCAUGUAUGUUUUGUGUGCUGUGUUGGGGGUAACCUGAAGCACUGUAGAAAAUGCCUUCAGGAUGCAUAUGGGAAUAAGUCUAGUGGCAAGAAAGUAGGCUCAUCUUCAAAUGCUAAUGCUGGAGCAUUGGUUGAUGAUAAAAAGAUACACAAUAUGGUCUAUGUCGAUGAUAUCCUAGUUACUAGGAAUUGCAACACUGCCUGCAGAUCUCUUAUUUCUCUUCUUAGUGCCAAGUUUCCUGUUAAAGAUCUUGGUCCUUUACAUUACUUUCUUGGGUUAGAAGUUCAUCGAUCUGGCAAGGGUAUUUUUCUUUCUCAAACCAAAUAUGCCUGUGAUCUCCUCAAGAAAACAGAUUUUAUUGGCUCCAGCCCCUGUUCUACUCCUCUUGGCUCUUACAAGUUGGAUAACUCUGGUGACAUUCUUGCUGAUGCUACCUUUUAUCGCUCUACUGUUGGAGCCCUUCAGUAUCUCACUUGGACAAGGCCAGACCUCUCCUAUGCAGUUAAUCUAGUCUGCCAGCAUUUACAUCAGCCUCGCUCUAAUCAUUUGGGUGCUGUCAAACGAAUUCUUCGUUAUCUCAAGGGCACUCUUGAUAUGGGUGUUUGGUUUACCAAGGGUUCUCUUGUUCUGAAAAUGAUGUUUCCUUGUGUUCUUGAAAGAUUUUGUAAUUAUUUUACAUUGCAGAAGCAUCCAGUUUCCUUGUUCUGA